AUGACUGCAAUCGUGGAGCGUGAAGCGCUUGCGCUCGAAGAUAAGGACGUGUUGCUGAUUUGUGAAACGGUUCCACUGAAGGAUAUAGAUGAUUUCGGCGUGGAAGUUGCUGUACCAUCCGAAUUGGAACUCAAAUUACAACCGCAACCAAUAGAAUCAGCUGCAGUUUUUCGGGGCGAAGAAUUACUCAAAGAGGAAGUAAAACCGAACGAGCCGAUUACGUUCGAUUGGCAUCUCGAGUCGUACCGAACUCCUUUCGAACCUGAAGCGCACUGGCUUCUACGGUGGAAGUUCCUGGAGCAGCACAAACAUAAAUUCCCGGAAGACGAGCUUGUAAUGUUAGCACAAGCAUUUGUCAAUGUUGAAAUUUUGGGGGCAGUUUAUUGCGAAGAGAUGAUGGCUCAGUUAAAUUUAUUGGGUGCUUCAAUAGCGAAAGAAUACCGGCAAUAUAAACGAGUCGGACCAACAAGAAUAACGGUUUCGGCAACACAAGCAGCCCGUGAUUGGAUAAAGCAUCGAUCAGAAGGGAUGGAUGUAUCUGAGCGAAGAAGCUUGGCUAUCAACUUGUUGAGUCCCGUGACUCCUGUUAGGACUGUUGACGAUGUAUAUCGGAACUUUGUUCUUCUAGACGAUAACCUAGAGGAAAGCGGAAGAGAAUUUGAGAAAUUAAAUUGUGGAUGGAUUGUGCACGAUAUGCAUCGAGACGAGCAGCUAAAACAAUGGGAAGUAACGGUUACUGUCGCCGGUUUUCUUCUGGCCAAGGCUGAGGGACCACUUCGAAAAACGAGAGUAAAAUGUCGAGAGAUUCUGCUGAAUUUGUUAAGACUGAAGUGCUACAAACUGAAGACUAAUCCCAAUCGAUGUUGGGAUAGCUGCAAUGUAGAAAGGUUGGAAUCAGAUCAAGAGUUGGAUUGGAACGGAAAUCCGUAUGAUAAGCGUUCAUUGAUCACACCAGCACCCAAGGAUCAACUUCGGGAGGACAAUGUGGGCUUUCGUUUGUUGUGUAAACUCGGAUGGGAUGGAGGUCCUCUCGGUAAACACCAGCACGGCAUCGUGGAUCCCAUCGAGGUACAAGCCAAACGGGGUCGCAGAGGUUUGGGUUUGCCGCAGUUAUCACUUAAACCGCAGCGAUCUCAUGAUUCCAGCUCAGCUCAAAUUCCCGUGAAUAAUAAUGCUCUACUGGAUGGUUUAGACGUAACAAAAGUGCCUUUUCGUAUUGACAUAUGUUUCUAUAAGGAUUUGAUGAGGAAUUUCAAAUCAAAAAAGCUGGGUUAUGAUCUGAUAUUUUCGGCUGAGUUUUCAGAAACGGAGAGGGCUUUGCUGGUGAAAAUAGCAUCUGACCUGGAACUGCAAUGCACCACAAUUACCUACGACUACGAGCACUAUCAGUUCGUGCUGAUGAAGCAUCGGAUGUCACCCCAUGAGUUGCUGGUUAAAAUAUUGGUAGAGAAGCAUCACGUUUAUCGCUCGUUGUAUACAGUCGAACCUCCUGAAGAUGGACUUAUUGAGCAUAAUAAAAUAUUAGAGCUGUGCUCUACAUAG